UGGCUCGAGAGCGCGCCACCUCGUUCGAGGCCUCUGGGGUUGUGGCACACCGCCCGCGCCCGCGCAAUGGCCCUGGCCAUCCAGCAGCGGCCCCCACGGGCGCUGGCGUUCGUCCGUGAGCUUAUCGAGCUGGACGCGGGCCCGGUGCAGGCGGGCAGCGACCAGGGCCAGCCUAGCAGCGCGGUGACCAGCCUGCUGCUCUCCUGCCUCAGCGGCACCGAGCGCGAGCCGCAGCAGGGCUGCCCGAGCCUCACCCCUCUGCAGGCUACGACGGCGCUGGUGCGGCUGCUCGGCGCGGCCGAGGGCGACCCGCGGGGCGACGCCGACCUCGCCGGGUCGCCCGGGGGUGGCGCCGUCUCGCUGGUGGCCAAGGCGGAGCGCUUGGGCGCCGACGCGGCAGACCCUCUGCGCGGGGAGGCCAUGCUGCGGGCAGUGGCGGGCGUCAUGCAGCGCCGCCUGCCUCAGUUCGAGCUGGGAGAGGAGCCCUUCCUGCAGCUGGAGGUCCUGCGUGCCAUGAGACUGCAGCUGCUGCCGCCCCCACCGGCGUCCGAGGCGCUGGCUUGGUGGGCCGAGCAGCGCAUCGGGCCUGACGAGCACGCCGCCCUGCGGCGCCAGCUGGUGGACGUCGUGCUGCGCUCCCUCCGCAUUGUGGCCGACGGCCAGCUCAGCCGCAGGCCGCAGGCCGUCGCCCUCGGCUGCCUGCGCAGCCUGGCCGCCUGCUCCGCCUCCUGCCGCACCAACGCGCUGCGCGCUGGGGCCGCGGCGCUGGCCGUCGAGGCACUGCAGGCGCAGACCCGCGCCCCCGGCCCGCCGGCCGAGGCCGCGCUGGUCCUGGGUUGCGAGGCGCUCGUGGCCCUGACGGCGGGCUCGCGCUCCAACGCGCGGGCGGUCGCCGAGGCCGGCGCGGACGCCCAGGCCCUUGAGCUCAUGCGCCGCUUCGGGCAGCACCGCGAGGUGGCCAGCGCGGCCUUCUCGCUGCUGGGCGCCGUGGCGCGGGACGAGGCCGCGGGCGCCCGGCUGGCCGCGGCCGGGCCCGAGGCCCUGGCGGCGGCGCGGGCCGUGCUGGAGCGGUGGCCGGAGGAGGUGCGCGGCGCCGCCGCCUCGGGCCGAUCUCGGGCGCCCGCGCCGGAGCUGCUGGCGGCGCUGCAGGCGCCGCCGCCGUCGGCUGAGAGGGGCGACGGGCGGGCCGGGCGGACAGGCGGCACAGGCGACGGCGGCGUGCCGUCGCGCGGCGUGGGUACCUCUGCGGGAAGAUCCGCGCUGGAGUCGAGGUGACGGCCGGGCGGUGGCCCGUUCUGACGUGCGUCGUCCAGGGGCCGAUCGGCCCGCAUGUGUUCCUUCCCACCCUACUGCUGUGAGGGAGCCCCGUAGGCUGUAGGUGGCGAGAGGCAAAACUUGCCACCCGCCCAGGCGCGUUCGACCUGACUGCUCCCGCUUUACGCUCGCCCAGCCUGUCCCGUCUGGAA